AUGCAGAAUGUGUUGGCAUGUAACGGCAAAAAUCAAACCUUAUGUUGUCGGCUUUCGAAAGGUCCAAAUGACCCACGUGAUUUCACUUUUGCCUCGUCUUCAGAGAAACUGUCUGCCGAGCCGUACUCCUUCACUGGUCUACCGUUCACUGGAUGCAACUGUCCCCAGACGAGCCUGGUGCCCGGCCAGCAGCAGAAGGCGCCGGCCAAAGACACGGUUUGGGUCAUCUUCGUGGUUGAGCCGCUUCGACACGAUCACUUCGCCGCGACUCGACCGGCUGGAUUCGCUAAACGGCAGUCGCCUGCUUCUCGUUGCCUUUGUCUGGCAAGUUCGGGCAAUUUACAUACUUGUCCGGAAAGGAGAGCCACAACUUUUUGCUUUUCUCUCGGCAAGACACCAAAUUUGAGGGCAAUUUUUCCCUUCCCGUGA